UCUGCAGAUCAUUCACAACUCCGAGUGCCAGCGAACAUAUGGUUCUGGAACUAUUACCGACAACAUUCUCUGUGUACGAACUCCUGAUGGCAAGUCGACCUGCGGUGGUGACUCUGGCGGACCAUUGGUAACACAUGACGGCAACAAACUGGUCGGUGUUACAAACUUUGGCACAUCUUCCUGCACAUCUGGGGCUCCUGCUGGCUUCCAACGUGUCACAUAUCACUUGGAUUGGAUCCGUGACCACACUGGAAUUGCUUACUAUUAGUAUGACAUUUUGAAUAAAAAAUAAACUUCAUUGAACAGUA